UGUAGAAGCCCAGGGUUUUAGUUCUUAAAGGUCACUUUGUUGUAAUAAAUUUUAGGACAGUAUCGUUUUAUACAACGAGCAUUCUUUAAUAAUCAAGUUUUCAGCUAACGUGAUCAGUGUCGUCACAUAAUUCUUUCUGUCUGAACUGAAUAAUAUUUACACGUACCACAGCCGUUAAGCCCAAUAAUAAAACAAAGUAAUUGGAAUUGUGAUAAGAUAAAACGUGCUACUUGUUUAGUAUCUGCUUGCUUUAUUUUCACUGUUACUUGAGGGUGUUUUUAGCGACAUCUUUUUGAACCGAUAUUUUGAAUAAACGCGUAGGUUCAAUAUCCAAACAACUGAAAUGUUUAACCUUGGAAGUACAAAAGGUUUAGAACUGGGUUAUAUCUCCAUGCUUCUACUAACCUAGAAAAUCUACAGCACAAAGUUCACUAAACUGUGGAAUUCAAGUAAACAGCUGAAGUGCUGAAUUGAACAGGAGUUUAUAAACUGAAGAUUUUUACUGGUAUCUUAUUAACCAAUUGUUGAUAUAUUAAAUUAAAGUGGAGUGGAAACCAUAACCAACAUUAGUUCAACGGCAAAUGGAUUUACCUGCAGAUCGUUGGAGCAAGGACAACCUCAUCAAGGUCCCAGACGCCGACAGCAAUGAAUUCACCUUGAUUGAGUAUGCUGGUCGAAACUGGCCAGUGUUUCCAGGGUUAUCACAGCGACUGGAAGAAGACUUGGCCCAGUUCAAAGCUAGACCUGACGAUACGUGGAUUAUUAAUUGGCCCAAAUCAGGAACACACUGGUGUUGGGAGAUAUGCAGUAUGCUAGUCAGUGGUAAAGCCGAGUUGUUACAACAAUCCAAGUUAACUGCUAUGUACCCUGAAGCCGUGGGAAACGCUGAAAUAGAGCCCAUGCCAUCACCGCGGGUAUUAAACACCCACGUCACCCCUGAUUACUUCCCAAAAGAAGCUCUAGAGAAUUCCAAACUGAUCUUUACAGUAAGACAUCCCAAGGAUGUGGCCGUGUCUUAUUUCUACCAUUUAAAAGGGAUAAAGUUUUAUCAGUAUGAAACAGGAGCAUGGGCUGGAUAUUUUCCUGUCUUCUUAGAGGGAAGAGGUGAAAACGGAGACUGGAUAAACCAUACAGAGUCAUGGUUGUCUGUUCUGGAUGACAAUUCCAACGCUCUUGUUCUCAAGUUUGAAGACUUGAAAAAGGACUUGAGAAAAGAAGUUCAACGCAUCGCCGAGUUUCUUGAAGUUUCGGGCACAGAUGAAUUUUAUGACGAGGUUGCUCGGCUUUGUUCCUUUGACAGUAUGAAGGAAGGAAAAACGCCAGGUCCAGAUAUAUGGAGACAGGAGGCAUCGGGUUUCUUCAGGAAAGGUAUAACUGAAGAUUGGAAACAUCACUUUACUGUUGCACAAAACGAAGAGUUCAACAGACGCUACCGCGAAACGCUCAAAGACACCAUUCAUACCAAGAAAAUAGGAUACGAGUUUUUGUAAUAAAACACAUAAGUGACGAUAUGAGGCGGACAAUAAUGAUUCCCCUAUUUUAUCAUCAUAGAUCUUGAGAGUGUAAUACAUGAUAGCCUGUGUAUAAAACACGAUGCUUAAGCUUCAGUCGGUAUUACAGGGACAUUAAGUACGUGAGGAGGUGUCUUAUUGCUAGUGAAAUCCCUGUCCUAUAUUGUCACACCGUCAGGUUCUAUCACGAAACAUGAGUUUCGCGAAUCAUUCGAUGACACAGCAUUCUUAGUCUAGAAACCUAGGAUCUUAACUCUUAACAUAAUUUUGAUAAAGCAACUUUCGGGACGGUACCGUUUUCUGCUCUGAACAUUUUGUAAUAAUA